CUCUGCGCUGCCACCGCCGUGCCCAUAAUCUCCUCCGUAAGCUGCCCUGCCCGCAAGCUGCCAGGGCCAUAAGGUGCCAGGGCUGCCUUGUGGAAGGUGCUGAGCGCGGGGGCAGCCAUGUGGAUCACGCUGCUGCUGCUGGUGGCCUUGGUCACGCUGGCACUGGGGCUGGUGGCCCACCGGCUCCUGGCUGCCUCUGGCAACCCCUUUGCCCGGCCCCCCUCGGGACCCCCCCGGCCACUGGUGACGGAGCCGCGGGCCCGGGACAAGGUCCUGAAGCAGGGGUUCAGUGCCCACCGUGUGCCACCGGAGCUGGACGCUGUGGUCAUCGGCAGCGGCAUAGGUGGCCUGGCAGCGGCUGCCACCUUAGCCAAGGCUGGCAAGAGGGUGCUGGUGCUGGAGCAACAUGACCAGGCUGGGGGAUGCUGCCACACCUUUGAGGAUCAGGGCUACGAGUUUGACGUGGGCAUCCACUACGUGGGGCAGAUGCACGAGGGCAGCAUGCUGAGGGUGGCACUGGACCAGCUGACCGAUGGGCAGCUCUGCUGGCACCGCCUGCCCGACCCCUACGACGAGGUGACCCUGGGCACCCGGCGCUACCAGCUGCGGUCUGGCAAGACCACCUUCGCCGCCACCCUGGAGGAGCAGUUCCCCGAGGAGAAGGAGGCCAUCAGGGAGUUCAUGAAGCUCUCCAAGAUGGCCUCGCGACACGUGGCGCUGCUGGCGGUGCUGAAGAUGGUGCCGGGCUGGCUGAGCUCCCUGCUGCUGCGCACAGGCCUGCUGCACCGCAUCUCCCCCGUCUUCCGCCUGGCAGCCACCAGCCACAGCCAGGCCGUGGCGCGGCUGACAGACAACCGCGACCUGCGCGCCCUGCUCGGCUACCUCUUCUAUGGCACAGCCCCGCAGGACUCCAGCUUCCUGGUGAACCUGCUGAUGGUUCACCACUACCAGCGGGGCGCCUGGUACCCGCGGGGCGGUGCCAGCGAGGUCGCUUUCCACUGCGUGCCCCUGAUCGAGCGCGCCGGCGGCGCCGUGCUGGUGCGCGCUCCCGUCACCCGCAUCCUGCUGGCCCCGAGCGGCGCCGCCGUGGGGGUGGCGGUGCAGAAGGGACCCAGCGAGGAGGAGGAGGUGCAGAUCUUCGCCCCCUGCGUCAUCUCCGAUGCUGGCGUCUUCAACACCUUCGGCAAGCUGCUGCCCCCCUCCCUGCGCAGCCACCCGGGGGUGGUGUCGCGCCUGGCGCUGGUGCGGCACGGCAUGGGCUCCUUCCUGGUGUUCGUGGGGCUGCGGGGCAGCGCGGCACAGCUGCGCCUGCCCCCCACCAACUUCUGGAUCUACCCCCACAAUGACCUGGACACCAUGAUGACCCAGUACGCUGCCCUGAGCCGUGAUGAUGUCCCUGAGCACCAGGCCAUGAUGUUCAUCACCUUCCCUGCUGCCAAGGACCCCACCUAUGAGCAGCGGCACCCAGGCCGCUCCUGCAUGACCAUCCUGACCAUGGCACGCUACGAGUGGUUUGAGGAGUGGGCUGGCACCCGUGUCAAGCACCGGGGGCCUGACUACCAGAGCUACAAGAUGGCCAUCGCCCGGCAGCUGCUGGAGAGGGCACUGCAGCGCUUCCCCCACCUCCGGGACAAGGUGGAGUUCCUGGAGGCAGCCUCACCGCUGACCAACCAGCACUACCUGGCAGCUCCGCGGGGGGAGAUGUACGGCACGGAGCACGACGUGGCUCGCUUCCGGCCCGAGGUGAUGGCAGCCCUGAGAGCCGAGACCCCUGUGAGGAACCUCUACCUCACAGGGCAGGACGUGUUCAGCUGCGGGCUGGCAGGGGCCCUGCACGGGGGGCUGCUGUGUGCCUCGGCUGUCCUGGGCCGCAUGCUCUACCUGGACCUGCUGCUCCUCAAGAAGAAGAUCAAGAGGCGCCAGGGCCGCCAGGCGGCCUGAGGAGCUGGGGACAGCAGCCGAGGGGACAGCAGCCGUGGGGACAGCAGCCGUGGGGACAGCCCUGUGCUGGGCAGCCUGC